AUGACUACUUCCUCCGCUUUCCUCCUCCCUACUUCUACUCCUUCCACCGCUUUUCUUCGCCGCCACUCUCGGCUUUCCUCUAAGCUCCACCACCGUUUUCCCCGAUUUUUGGAUAAUUCCAGGAGGACUGAAGUAUCCAUUGAUACAUCAGAAGCAGACAAACUCGUUGAUAAGAUUGAUUUUGGUGAAUUAUGCAAUGAGUUUGAGUGCACAAGUAGCCCGCAGGUCGAAUCCACAGCCAGACAACUUGCUCGUGACAUUCUUGAACUAAGGGAAGGAAAUCGAGCUUUUGCGUGCUAUGCAGUUUCCGUCAGAUAUAAGGAUCCGAUUAGAAGUUUUACAGGUCGUGAGAAGUAUAAAAGACCAAUGUGGAUACCUAAUGGCUUAGAGAAUCCCACGGUGACGAUACAAGAGAUGAUAAUGUUAUCAACAAGCGUCUUGCGUAUUAGAUGGACAGUCAAAGGAAAACCCAAAUCUUUUCUUGCUGCUAUAAGUGGAGAUUUGAUCAUCAAAGUCAAAUCUGAGUUUACUCUUAACCAGAUUAGUGGCCAAGUGAUUGAGCAUGUAGAGUCUUGGGACUCAUCUUCAUCAUCACCUAUUGCUGAAGCCUAUUUCUUGACAUCUCGCCGCCUCUUUGCUGCUUCUGAAUCCGCAAAAGACUUGCUCAAUGUCACGAAAGACUUAACAGCCAGUUUCGCUGCUCGAAAAGAAGAUACAGAGAUUUAUCGGGAUCCAACAGAUCCAACAAAGUAUUUCCAGAGAGAUGAUAGCUUGGAGAGAGAUGUAUAUCAGAUUGCAUUGUUUCUAGCCAUUGUCUACUUUGUUGUACAGUUCUUGAGGAACACUCUCUAA